GUUAAGUAGGAGAGUCCGAUUUCAAUAUGGCGGCCGCGUGUUCGAAAAUCUAAACUGGGACUUAGGAAAAAUAGUUUUCUCAGUAACAGUUCUGUUGUCAGCUAUAUUUCAGACAUUUUGCGAUGGCAUGCUCAUUUCUCCAGUAACAUACGAAAAUGGUCAAAACGGAAGACAUGUCGACCACGGCGGACAGCUGGAGAGAAGUGUUUGAAAGAAGCCGGUUGGUACCCCCGCCCCGCCAGGCAGUCCGCCUUGCCGUGGACAGCCACUUCACCCAGUCCCACGGCUUCCAGCUCUGCCUCAGCCGACUCACUGUAGCUCAACCCCCGCAGGAGAUUUCAGAGGGGGGGCAAGAUUUGACCUACCAGCUCCGAGUGACCCUGUUUGAUAAAAGUCACCAGCACUUCUUUGGGAAAACAUGGAAGAGCCAACCACAGAGGAUGAAAAACAACAAGAUCUUCUUCGAUCAGGUCCUCUACUUCCAUACCUCUCUGCGAUUGUCCAGCACAGUUGUGGUCUUGGAGCUGGUGUCCCUGUUGCCCAGGCCAGACGGCUCCCAGCAGGCCUUGGGGUGCGGCUUCACUGUCCUGGAGCUUUUUAUCAACAGGCCAGAGGCUCAGCCUGCUGAUGGCGACAGAAGGUUGAAUCUACACCAUGGAUCACCAAGAAACCUCCUCCAUCCCCUGCUGAAGGACGCAGUUGAUUAUAACAGUCUACUGAAGGCUAUUGAAGGUGCACGUUUGGACUGUGUGAUAAAAAACCACCCUGCCCUGGUUUCCAUGAUGCACCUCCUUCCAGAGAAUGUCCUGGUUUCUGGAGAUGAGGACAUUCCUGGGAUUGCAGCUUCUCCAACAGGCGAUGCUCUGCUGAGGCCUCAGCUGCUCAAGAUGCUGCCAUUCAACCUGAACAGACUGACCAUCUCCCUCCAGCCGUCCCUGGAGAAGUUUGAGAACAGGCUGCUGCAGCUGAUCAAUGCUGACUGCCAUAAUACA